GUUGUGAGAUGGAUUUGUGACGUCACCAGGAAGAAGGUUUGCCGUGGAAUUAACGUGACCCUUUUAAACACACAAGAGAUGCGAGGUCCGCUCGCCGACAAGGAAGGCGUUCUUCAAACAAAAGGCAGCAUCCUACCAUGAUGUUGGCCAGCAAAACAACAUCAUCAGCACCCUUGCAGCGCAAAAGAAAAAACAAGACGCCCGAUGCGAAGGUCAUUGAUCUUCUCGGGAAUCUCGGAGUGCAGGAUGAUGAAGAUGUCAAGUGGAUGUUGCAGGGUUCCAGUAUGGUAAAGGUCAGAUCAGGACGCUGGCAAAAGCCGCGAACGCUGAAGCUGCUGGACGAUGGUGUUACAAUCUGGUGUGAGUCCUUCAAAAUCUUCCGUCGAGCCAGGGAGCAACAAUCUUUUUCUAUCUCGGAGGUGGAGUGUGUACGAGAGGGCUGUCAUUCAGAGACAUUACAACGGAUGCUCCGUGCAAUACCUGAAAACCGAUGUUUGACGGUGGUCUUCAAAGGCUCGCGAAGGAACUUGGAUCUUCUCUGCCAGAACCAGAUGGAGGCUCUUCACUGGGCCCAAGGCAUUCGAACACUAAAGGAAAGGAGUGAGAACAUGAGCCAGAAGGAGAAACUUGAUCAUUGGAUUCUUGGUUACCUGAGUCAGGCUGAUGUGAAUCAUGACGAUAAAAUGAGCUAUGAUGAAGUGCAGUCAUUGCUACAGAUGAUCAACAUUGACUUGAGUGAACAGUACGCCCGUGAACUCUUUGAGAAAUGUGAUCGUUCAGCUGACAAUCGACUUGACCAUGGAGAAAUAGAGAUUUUUUGCAAAGAGUUGUUGCGGAGGCCUGAGCUGGAUGCUGUGUUUCAGCGCUAUUCUGCCAAUAGAUGUGUCCUUUCAACCACAGAUCUGAGAGAUUUUUUAAAAGAUCAAGGGGAAGAUGCUUCAAAGACACAUGCCCAAAGUCUGAUCUUCACAUAUGAACUCAAUGAAUGGGCUCAGAAGAACCAGUUUAUGACACCUAAUGGGUUCACCAUGUAUAUGCUGUCCAAAGAAAAUUCAGUAUUUGAGGCGGACCAUGCUAGGGUUUAUCAAGAUAUGAAUCAACCCCUAUCACAUUACUUCAUCUCCUCUUCUCACAACACCUACUUGUCUGGAGACCAGCUGACUGGAGAGAGUGGCGUCGAGCCAUAUAUCCGAGCCCUGAACAAUGGUUGUCGCUGUGUGGAGUUGGACUGUUGGGAUGGAGAUAAAGGACAGCCAAUCAUCUACCAUGGAUACACACUCACCUCAAAAGUGUCUUUUGCAGAAGUCAUUAAGACGAUCAAUGAGUACGCUUUUAAGGUAUCACCAUACCCUCUGAUCCUCUCCCUGGAGAACCACUGCUCUGUGGAGCAACAAACUGUGAUGGCACAGCACAUGCGAUCCAUUCUUGGGGACAAAUUGCUCACCAAGCCCAAUAGUGACCUUGAAUAUGACACGCUGCCUUCACCAGAGGAUCUCAAAGGUAAAAUCCUGGUGAAGGGGAAGAAAGAGAAGACUGCAGGAGAAUGCUCCUCCAGUUCAUCAGAGGACAGUUCCUCGGAUGAGACCAGCGAAGCUGAAAGCAACAUUAGGAAAAAGAAAGAUGGCAAGAAGUCAGGGACAACUAAAGUGUGUCAAGACCUAUCAGACUUGGUGGUUUACACCCACAGCGUACACUUUAAAAACUUUCAACACGCUGCCUCAACCCCAGCGAGCCACAUGUCCUCAUUCUCCGAAAAUCAAGCCCUCAAGCAUGUCAGCAACUCAGGGAUGAAUUUUGUGCGUCACAAUAUCCGCCAUCUUACCAGAACAUACCCUUCAGGGCAACGGUUACAAUCUUCCAACUACAACCCUCAGUCUAUGUGGAAUGGAGGAUGUCAGUUUGUGGCUCUGAAUUUUCAAACGCCAGGGGAACCGAUGGAUCUGAACCAAGGAAAGUUCCUGCAGAAUGGCAAGUGUGGUUACAUUCUGAAACCCCCUUACAUGUGCCGGAUGAACACCACCUUUAACCCGGGGAAUGUUGGUGGAGGUCCUGGCCAUGCACCAGUCCUGCUCACUCUUAAGAUUAUUUCAGCACAGCAGUUGCCAAAACACCAUUUGAACAAGCCAGCAGCUAUUGUGGAUCCUCAGGUUUGUGUUGAGAUCCAUGGUGUUCCUAUAGACAACGACAAGAAGAAAACUCAUCACAUCCAAAACAAUGGAUUUAACCCACAGUGGGACGCCACCCUUAACUUUACCAUCCACGCUCCGGACCUGGCUCUCGUUCGCUUUGUGGUGGAAGACCAUGAUUAUACUUCAUACAAUGACUUCCUGGGACAAUACACCCUGCCUUUCACAAGCCUGCGCACUGGUUACCGUCAUGUGCAAUUGCUGAAGCAGGAUGGCUCCAACCUUUCACCCUCUUCCCUUUUCAUCCAUGUCAAGGUGCAUGGCACUUCCACAUCCUAAACUUAUCAGUCAGGAACUCUCAAAUCAACAUCGUUUAAUCCAGUGUCUCCCUUUUGCAUCAGGGCUGGACAAACUUUUUUUUUACAGCAAAAGUGAAGGCAUGUUUGAUGCAUUCUGUACAUCAAAGAUGCUCAAACCAAUCCAAUGAAGGUUAAGACAAAAUUUUAGGCCACAACAUCCAAUAAUAGCAAAAAAUACCUUUUUAUUUUUUAAUUUAAAAGUCAAUAUAUCAUCGUACUAUUUGCCAAAUAAUAUAUGCCAAAUAAUUAACAAAUAAGUUUGACUGAUGUAUUUUUCUACAUUUUUAAACCAAUAUUAAAUAUUUCUUAUUUUAAGUUAUGUCAUCUAGACUUAAAAAUGUAUGAGUCAAUAUAUUUUUUAAAUAUUUUGGGGGGAAAUAUUAGUGGAUGAUGGAUUGCUUUCUUAUAUUUUUCCUCAUGUACUGUUUUUUCAAUUGAACAUACAACUCCUUAUUAGUCAGUUGAAAACAAUUUAAAUUGUAAAUGAUGGACUGCUACAUUUUUUAAAGUAUCUUAAAGUGAGGGCCAAUAUAAAACGAGCUGUGGCCACAAUGAACCACUAAUUACUAAAGUAUGAUGCAACUACAGUAUUUACAGUGUUACCCCAGAACCUGAGCUCUUUUUUUUAUACAAAUAAAAUGACACAUACACACAUUUUUGUACGUAUGUAUAUAAUAUUUAUACGGUGUGUGUGUGUGUAAUAGAACAAGUGAACCAAAGAUUUGCUGGAACUGAAAUCAAAUAUAAUUAUUUUUACCAUUAUAUUAAUGUAGCCAAUACAAUACUGAGCAAAAACAUCAUAGCCUUGUUUUUUAGUAGUCCGCAAUUUGGACAUCGCUUGUCCACGAUAAACUAUUGCUGGUGCAAAGAUGGCUAUAAAUACUGCUAUUAUAUUUUUCAUAUCUCUAGUGUCUCACUAUUUUUGAAUUUAGAACACAGAUUUCUAGUUGUACUUAAAAAGGAUCAAAUUUGGUGCACUUGUUCCUUGAAAAUUUGCUUGCUGUGAACAUUUUUUUUAUGCUCAUUACCAUACGUCGUCUCAUUCAAGACUUGCUAUUUAUUAGAUGCAAAGCAUGCAACACAGCUAUACAUGUUUUUAUACGUUUUAUGCAUUUUCUAGAUAUCUAAAAGGUGGAUAUGCAUGUUAAGUGUCCAAAAUAAAACCUUUCCAAUAGUUUUUAUAUUCUAAAUAUGUAUGUGUACGGAUAAAUGAAAUGCUAACGAGAUCAAUUCUUAUAAACACGAAUUGGGUUUAGUAUUUCUCAUGAUUCGGGAUUUUUUGCAAUUAAAUGUGUUAAUACAUGAAGAUGGUUUUGAUAACAACCUAUGACUGUAGUAAAAAUAAUCAGUAUUAUUAUAUGAAGUACAGUAGAUGCCUGCAUACAGUAUUCCCUAGUCAGCACUUGCAACUCCUGCACAUGUGUCCAUGUCUUAAAGUAUGUAUUACGUAUGUAUUGUGUUUUAUGUCAAAUAUAGACAUAUUUAUUGGUCAAUUGUUACCCUUGUGAAUAGCAGGGAUCUGCUUUAAAUUAUUAUCUUCAUUAUAUUUUAAUAACUAAAUCCCAGCUUUUUGUGUAUGUAAACCAAGUUAUAUUGUAACUAAAGACCAAAGGUGUUACUGACAAAUAUUGAUAUUGUUACAAAGCUAAAAUCCGUUUUUGUUGUAAAUGUGUGUUAUCAAAAACAGUAUUAAACAUUGUAAAGCCAA